UAACCUGACCUGACCAAUCAGAUGAUGGUUCAUCAGAGGCAUUACAUUACGAUUGGUUCGUGCUAAAAUAUCGCGUGGACCGUUUAUCAAUUAUUUGUAAAUUACGCUUAAAGUUGGCGGCAAAAUUUGGAACGAACUCGACAGCUGAUAGUGAGCUGACAUCCGUGUGAGAAACAUGGCGAAGUUAACCCAUGUCAUGUGGGGCCUGUCUUCAAACUUUGUGGCGAAUCGGUAUUUCUCUCGAUUGUUGGUCUCACCAUGGUACAAUGUAUCCGUGGUUACAUCAUCCCGAGGAGUGUCAACGAACACUGCUGUCAAGCCUACAGAUGAUUUGAUCAUCAGUGACAGCUGCGUGAGGCGUUUAAAGGAAAUAGCCGACGAUGGAGCGUGUCUGAGAAUUACCGUGGAAGGCGGUGGUUGCUCUGGAUUCCAGUACAAGUUUGACUUGGAUCCAAACGUACAGGAGGACGACAGAAUAUUUCAGAAGGAUGGCACUAAGGUAGUAAUAGACUCGACGUCGUUAGAAUACGUGAAGGGAUCGACAAUAGAGUUCCAUACGGAAUUGAUACGAUCUGCCUUUAGAAUAACAAACAAUCCUUUAGCGGAACAGGGAUGUAGCUGCGGUGCUAGCUUCGCUAUUAAAGUAGAGUAGACAACGAUGGAUGUACGGACUGUUGACUAGUAAGAGCGCUGGCUUGUGAUUUUAUGUAAACUUCAAAACUGUUUACCGAAGAUUAAUUAUACUUUAUUUAUAAUUAAUACGUGCAGAGCAAUACAUACAAUUGCUUUGGCGCGAAUAUAUAUUAUUUUUAUCACAACACCUACUAUAAACAGUAGCUGUACAUGUCUCUUACACACAUUCUCUUUUAAUAUAGAAAGAACGGCUUAUAAUUUACAAUCGUAGUAUCAGUUUACAUUUUAAUUAUAAACGGUCUAACUAAAUGUCUUAUAAGUGAUACCAAAAGAAGAUUUAUGCAUCUCUUUAUUAAUGAAUUUAGAUGGUAAAAUUUAUUCCGUACCAAGAGUUGGUACAUUA